GUGAUCCCAGUUGUCUACGGACUGUACAUGCAGAUGCUGUAUCGCUUCGGAGGCAACGCGCGUGAGUAUUAUCCUCAGACUCGAGACCUGACGCUGGAAAAGAUGAACUCGGCAGUCGGGAACCUGGUCGUGUACGUGUGGUUGGAAGUAUUGUUGCUUUUGCUACUGCAUUUCGUUCUUCGCCGUCGCUUUGGCUUAUCAAUGCUUCGACAACUGGCGUUUAUGCUGGAAACGGACGCAUACCAAGUGCAGGGGAGGCUGUUCGUGUGGAUUCCAUACACGGUCCCUCUCACCCUUCGGCAUUUCGCAGGAACAGAUUUUAGUUUCCAAUUCCAGUGGACGCAAUGA